UAGAAAAUAUAUACUUGUAUAAAAUAUACAUUUUAAAAUGUAGUCAGCAGUAUAAUGGAGGAGGUUUCCAAUACCGAUGUAAAGAAGGUGGAAGCAAGUACGCCAGUAAAAGAAACCAGAAGUAAGGAGGAAUCCCCUGCAGAAGCUGGAGCAGGUCCUGUGCCACAAAGUUCCCAAGAAGUGUUGCUCAGCUCACACACAUAUAAAUCACCAGAUGACGAGCAUUCCAUUUGCGACGAAGAUAGAAGUUUAGGUAUUGCUUCCCAAUCACCUUCUUCACCUGAAGAUGUUUGUAAAGCAGGUGAUAAACAUAGUGGAGUACAGCUAGAUGGCUCCGGAAUCUCUGGAGAUAUAUGUCUUGGAAGUCUGAUGAGUGCAGAUUCAUUGGAGUCCGAACUUAACUCAGAAUCUAGUGGGGAGCUUUUAGAUAACAAUAAAUUGGUAGCGAGGAAAAAGAAAAGAGAUUUGAUGAAAACAGACGAAACUGAAGACCCCGAGGAAGAGUUUAGGAAACAUUUUCUCAAAACUUUUCAGAACUUGCCUAGAAUAUCACAGAUCUCACUGGACGAUAACCCCAUAAAACCGCCAACAGAAAGCAAAGAGAAUGCUGAAAUAGAUACAGAAAUGCCAAAUACUUCCAAUGAAGAUGCAGGAUCAUUAACAAAUGAAGGUGAUAGCACUAACAAAACAAAAUUACCAACAAAUUUGUCAAAUAGUGAUGCAGACAACAUCGAGCAGUCGGAUAACAAUAUCGCAGAAAACCCUGAAAUUACCUUACUUCAAAAUAGUGAUAAUCAAGAGAAAGAGAAGGCCGAUGAAAUUCCUUCCUCCUCAAAAAAAAACAUGUAAAAUCAAAAAGUUUUUUAAUUUGGCAUCCGUAUCUAUAUUUUCGGCAUAUAAAUAGUAGUAAUUUGACCAUAUCAA